CGAGGACCGGAGGGUUUCGCGGCUAAGCUGCCGCCGAGCGUCGCACAGUCGCGACGGCAGCCACCGGCGCGCGGUACCCCCUAUUCUUCAUCGGCACGCAUAUAGAGAAAAAGAAAGAGAAAGAGAGAGAGAGAGAGAGAGAGAAAGAAAGAGAGAAAGAGAAAGAGAGAAAGAGAGAGAGGAGAGGAAAGGAAAGAGAGAAAGAAAGAGAAGACGGAUAUAUAAAUAUACAUAUAUAUAUAUAUAUAUACAUACGCGUUAUAUAUAUACAUAUAUACAUAUAUUUAUAUAUAUAUAUAUUGUUAAAAAACGGUUGAAAAUUUGUUUCGAAACGAGAGCGUUGUCCGCGAAGAAAAACGUUUUUUCUUUUCUCAUCGCCGUGACCGAGGACGAAGAGGAAAUAAAUAAUAUUUCAAGAGUCGUGACAACUUCUAUACAGAGAGAGAGAGAGAGAGAGAGAAAGGGUGAGGGAGAGAGAGAGAGAGAAGUCUCUUCUCUCUUCUCUGCAUCAAAACGAUCAACAACAACGAGAGUCCGUCGUCGAGUAGGAAAUCAUCGUUCGGGGGCUUCUUUUUUUCGACGGGAGAACGGGAGAAAAAGAGUGGUUGCUUUUCAUUGCUAGUGUUAUCUUCUAUUAACGUUAUUCCUCUCUCCCUCUAUCUGUAUCUCUUAGUUUCUCUUUUGCCGCCGGCCGGCAUACACGUGGCUCUCGGCGUGACAGCGCGCGCGGUGUUUCUGAUACAAAGAGAGAAAGAGAUAUAGGGAGAAAGAGAAAGAGAUAAAUAAAGAGAGAUAAAGAGGAACGGAGAUAGAGAAGGAUAGAGAGAAGAUACGGAUACAGAGGGUGAAACGGAGAAAGGGUGAAAUAGGGAGAAAAUUCGGAGAGGUGGCAAAGGGACGGAGGGGAGUGAAAGGGGGUGGGUGGGAGGAGGACAGGCCUGGCAGAGGGAAGAAGAGAUAAAUACGGGAAAAGAAAGAAAGAAAGAAAGAAAAACAAAAAAAAAGAGAAAGAAAAGUAGAGAAAAAAAGUGCAAAAGAGAGAGGGAGAGAAAGAGAUAAAGAGAGAAAAGAAGAAAGAAGAAAGAAAAGAAGAAGGAAGGAAGAAAAGGAAGGAAGGAAGGAAGGAAGGAAGGAAGGAAGGAAGUUUAUCCUCUCUUGAUUAUCCUUCGGCGAGGCGAGAAGGACGGAGCAACAACGACCGACAGCAACCACGAGCGAGUCGACGAGGAGGAAGCGGGACAUGCUGGAGCCACGCUGGAGACCCGUCCAGGUAAUGACAACUUUUAUCUAUUCGUCGUGGCUGCAACAUCUCAAUCUCCUGCGUAAUCGUAAAUGGCAUCGAUUUCAGGGACAUAUCGGUGAGAAUCCGUUCGACAACGGUUCUUGGGGAAAGGAACAUUUUCAACCGUCGACGGUACCUUGGCAGCUGAAUCCGCGCGGCCACUCUCGACCCAGUGAGAGAGAAUCGAAAGUACCGAAAGCGUGGAAGGUGCGAAAGAAAGGGAGAAGGGGGAAGUUCCCUACUGUGCCAAGGAAGAAGAGACUUCCGGUGUGGUGUUUCGUCGCACGAGAGAGACCCUCUCGCCGGAUGUUUAUCGACGAUGGCAUAAUGGAUCAUGACACAGACGGAGACGGUGCGAUCAACUUGUCCACGUCGCAGCGACCCUCCGCCGCUACAACCCCCAAUGGUGACAUCCCUGGUUACGGUCAGGAUCAACAGGACAACGAUCAGGCUACUUCGCUAUUUGCAGCGCUGAAGCAGCAACAACAGUCGCGCGAAAACGUAUCGUCGUCGCGGGAUCGCGAGAGCCGUGCCGAAAGAGAACGUCACUCGGUACGUGCUAGCCGAGACGGAAUAGGAAGGAGUGGCGUUUCCGAAGCCACAGGUGGUAGCAUUGUCGAACAACAGCAACAACAGCAAUCCCAAUCCCAACAACAGUUACAACAACAACAGCAACAACAACAACAACAACACCAACAGCAGCAGCAGCAGCAGCAGCAACAGCAGCAGCAGGAACUAACUAUCGAGUACCAAAGCAAUGGGAAGCUCAGUCCUGCUGGACGCACAGUGACAGCAGCACCCAUGACCCAGCAAAAGCAGCCCAUCAUCGCGCAACAAUCGCAACAACCGAGCUCGGGUGCACCUGGUCUUCAGCCCAGCCCUCAUCAGAGUCCACAGGCCCCUCAACGGGGAUCACCGCCGAAUCCUUCGCAGGGCCCACCGCCCGGAGGGCCUCCGGGUGCUCCACCGUCUCAGAAUCCUUCUCAGAUGAUGCUCAGCCCGGCGAGCGGCCUCCACCAAAUGCAACAAUUGUUGCAACAACACAUCCUCAGUCCUGGCCAACUGCAGUCCUUCCUGCAGCAACAUCCCCUUUAUCUCCAACAGCAACAGCAACAACAUCAUCAGGAUUCCACGUCCGAUCAUGCGCCGAAUCAAGAACGCUUUGGCUAUUUCUCGUUAAAAAGCCAGCAACAUCAGCUCGCUGAACUCGGUAGGAAACAGUUGGAGCAGGCUAUGCAACAACUGCAGGAACAGUUGCAAUUGAAUUUGAUUCAACAGACGCAUCUACUACAGACCGCCGACAAGAAGAAAGCAUCUGGCCCGCUUCAACAGUUAGCCCUUCAACAACAACAAUUGGUACAACAGUUUCAGAUAACGCAGAGACAAUAUCUACUGCAGCAGGGUCUUGGUCUUCAAGGUCACAAUCCUUCCUCAGGUCUCCAACCCGGAGAAGGUUUACCAACAUGGAAGUCCGAAACGUCGGAUGGUUCGGAAUCUCAUCAAAACUCCAGCGUCCCGAAAUCUGGAGGAUUGAACGGACUUCUAAAUUCGAUAGUUUCGGGUCGGCGAUCGGAAAUGAACGGUACGACGCCGUUGGACGAAAAACCACUCGACGUUUCAUGCAACGACAAAGCUCAUCCCCUCUACGGUCACGGGGUUUGCAAAUGGCCGGGCUGUGAAGUUAUUUGCGAAGACUAUCAAGCAUUCCUUAAGCACUUAAACACGGAGCACACGUUGGACGAUAGAUCGACGGCACAAGCGAGGGUACAGAUGCAAGUGGUCUCGCAAUUGGAGAUUCAGUUGCAGAAGGAACGGGAUCGUCUCAAUGCCAUGAUGCAUCAUUUGCAUAUGGCGAAACAAAUGGCUUCCCCCGAACCACCAAAAUCUUCCGAGUCUUCGACGGGCUCGAGUUUACCAAAGUUGAAUCUGUCGACGGCCCUGAUGAGCCAGCCACCACCAAACUUUGGCGUGUCCCAGGUUUCGCCGGUUUCAAUGUCGGCUCUAGUCUCGGCAGUGAGAUCGCCAGCGGGUGGACAACUGCCACCAUCCGCUGGUGGUACGGCGAUGCCACCGAUACCGAACAUGUCAAACAUGUCGGGGAUGCCACCGUUACCGAACAUGCCCGGAACUCCUGGAAGCAUGCCGAGUAUGGCUGGACCGAUACGACGACGAAUCAGUGACAAGUCGACCUUAUCCUUAGCUGGAGGGCUAUAUGAGGAGGGCACUGUAAGGCGCAGAGUAACCAUCGAUAGAUCUGGAAUAGAUAUUAACGAAGAAAUUCAACGAAAUAGGGAAUUCUACAAAAAUGCCGACGUCAGACCACCGUUCACGUACGCAUCCCUAAUUCGACAGUCCAUCAUCGAAUCACCAGAUAAACAGCUGACGCUCAACGAAAUUUAUAACUGGUUCCAAAACACAUUCUGCUACUUCCGGCGAAAUGCAGCAACGUGGAAGAACGCGAUUCGCACCAAUCUAUCAUUGCACAAGUGUUUUGUGCGCUAUGAGGACGACUUCGGGUCAUUCUGGAUGGUGGACGACGCCGAGUUCGUAAAGCGGCGGCAUCUGUCCCGCGGCCGCCCCAGGAAAUAUGACCAAAACCCAUCAUCCACUCCACCCCACCUCUCCGCACAGGGCGUACCAUCGAAAAGUCCAACGCUCACUCAUAGUCCUACGAUGUAUGGUGACGCACUAAAUGCCAACCUCCAGUAUUUCCAGGCUGCACUCGGGGAGUCUAAUAUGGGAUUUUUAAAUAACUCGAUGUGUACGUCGACAGCAACGAGCCCGGAUAAAGAGCACGUCUUGUCUCACAACGAUCUAAUGUCGCCACUGGAUGAACCAGCAGUGCACAUAAAGCAGGAAGGGCAGAGCCCGGAGGGUGGUAAGCUAACGAGAUUAAUAAAACGCGAGAUGCUGGAUGGACCGACGGAACAGGAGGCGGAAGAGGAUCAGGUGGACGAGAGAGAAUAUCCAGAAAGUCACGAGCACGAUUCGGGACAGGACGAGGAUAUCGCAGAGGACCUGUCGAUGGCACCCGACAUAAUGAGCCCGGAGGAUCAGAUCGAGGCGUAGUAUCGUUCGGCUCGAGCCCGAUAGGAGGACGGUACCGUGUCAGGCUGUCUCGUUCGAGUUCGAGGACGAACGAGUUUUCAAAGGAGGUGGAAGAAAAGGGUAAAGGAGGUGGGAGGAGAUGGGGAAGGAGCUGGAGGAGGUGGAAAAGAAGAGAACGUGAAGAAGGACGAGUCUUUCGCGGUCAAAUCGAAUCGUGCCGUUGGAAGAAAAGCGAAGAAACGAAGAAGAAAGUUCAAAGGGACGAACGAAGGGACAAACGAAGGACCGUCGGAGGUUCGUUCGCUCACCUCUUCCUACGAAACCCCUCGAAUCAUCAUAUCCGAGCCGCGACGUCUCAGGAGCGGCUACACUUCGAGACGUAAGAGAGAGAGAUGAAGAAGAUUAAGAAGAUUAAGAAGAAGAACGAACGAACGAACGAACGAACGAAAGGUGAAGGAGGAGAAGAAGAAAAAGAAGAAGAAGAAGAAGAAGAAGAAAAGGAAGAAGGAGAAGGAAGAUGAGGAGGAGAAGAAGAAGGAAAAGUGAAAAAAAAGAAGAAAAGAGGAAGACUAGAAAGAAAGAGCGAAACGCGUGGAAAGUUGGCAGGAACAGACCACGCUGUGCUAUCCAUAUCCUUACUCAAGCAAUUGCGAACAACGAUGUCACGUUUUCAUUUCUCUCCCGUUGUAUUUCCUUUACGAAGUCGCGGUUAUCAUCUAUAUAUAUAUAUACAUCUAUAUAUAUAUAUAUAUAUGUAUGUAUGUAUGUAUAUGUGUGUGUAUAUAUAUAUGUAUAUAUAAACAUACAUAUAUAUACAUUCAUCUCUCUCAUGUACAUUGCAUUAGGAUUAAAAAAAAAAGAAUGAAAAGAGACCGAGACAAGAUAGAGUAUCGAUUCCUCCAGUGGCUCCUUCUUUCUCUUGAAUCUUUUUAUUUUCUUUUUUAUCUCGUUAUUUCUUUUUUAUUGUUAUUAUUAUUAUCAAUAUUAUUAAUAUUAUUAUUAUUAUAAUUAUUAUUAUAAUUAUUAUAAUUAUUAUAAUUAUUAUCAUUAUCAUUAUUAUUAUUAUUAUGAUUAUUAUUAUUAUUAUGAUUAUGAUUAUUAUUAUUAUUAUUAUUUUUCUUUUCUUUUAAUACAUAUUUCGAAUUUUUCAUUUCCGUGCGCGGCGUAUCUUUCAAACUUUCUACGACGCACAUAUUACGUAUGAUAGGUAUUAUACUCUCAUACUCGAUUUCAUAUUCGAUCGACGAACGAUGAUCGAAGGAGGAAAGUUAAGCGAACGAAAGAGAAUCUUUUGAUCGAUGAUCUAAACACGAAUUUUCUGAUGACAACUUGUAGAUAUAAUAUGUUGGAGAAUCUCGAAAAGAACGACGACGACAACGACGACGACUAUGUGCUACAUAAUUCGGCCGAUCAAACCGGCCGAUUUUUGAAAAUCGUAUUAGUAGAAGAUAAAUCGCGAAGGGGUGAGUACGACGAUCGACGAUCGAGGAUGGAUAAACGAAGUUUUUUUUUCUUCUUUUUCUUCUCCAUGAUCCACACUCACAAUGUUAUUCUCUCGAGAAGAUUUAUUUUUUUACUUCCUUUUUCUUUUUUUUUUUUUUUUUUUUUGGUAUCUUUCAAAAUCCACCGACGAGAAAAGAUCUUUAUUAAUUUCAAAACGCGCGCUUAGUUUUAACAUUUAAACUUCGAACUUUCGUCCUUCGUCGUUGUCUCGUUUAGAAUUUUAGAACAAGAUACUCGUAAAUAAUGGAAGAGUUUUUAAUCGUAGAAAAAGAGAAAGAACGAGCUACUUCAUGAGGAAAGAAAGGGAUGAAGAGAGAGAUAGAGAUGCGCGCGCGAACACACACACACACGAACACAAACAUACACGCACACACGCACACGCACAUACCCGAGCUCGAUUAGAAGAAAGAAGUAACGAUUAGUAAUCGCUGGGUGUAGAAAUCGGAAUCGAUCGAAUGCUCGAGCGUAUCGGUGGUUUACAACAAAACUCUAUAAAUAAUGGAACAAAAAAAGUAAAAAAAAAAAAAAACGAUAUACAAUUCAAAGUACUAUGUAUGAUGCAUAUACAUAAUAUUAUAUAUAUAACGGCGUAUACGUAUCGGAAUUAAUCAAUGAAAAUUAGAUGUCGAUCCUCCCCCGUCCACUCCUAGUCCUCCCUUUAUUAUCAUAGAGGAAAUUGCAAGAAAAAAUCCGUGAAAAUCGUGCUCCAUUUAAAAGAAUAAAAUAAAAAAAAAAAUUAUGAAAUAAACAUCAUCUUCCGAGACGCUCGUCCGCGUCGAGAGAGUUUUAGGGAUCGAAUAAGAAAGGAAUAAAAAAACCGACCCUUUUUUUUUGGGGCCUUUUCAAAGGACCUAAUCGUUUGGCUCCUUCUACAUCGUUAUCAUCGUUAUUAUCGAUUUUAAAAAUGAUUUUAGGAGCCUAAAUCGAAAGCAAGCUUUGUUUUUCUUGAAAGAUCUCGCUUUUCUUCGUAUCAAAGAUCGAUUCAAUUUAUGUAUAUACAUAUGUAUGUAUGUAUAUGUAUAUAUAUAUAUAUAUAUAUAUAUAUAUAUGUAUGUAUGUAUGUAUGUAGGUACAUAUUUGUUAAUGCUCGAACGAAUAUUUCUAGAAUAUAUAGUCCUGUUUUUGCAUUUAUAGUUUGCCAUAUUUAUUCUCUUUUUAUUCAUAGAAUUUAACAAUUAGUUCGCUUAAGCUUCUUUUUUUGUCUCGCUCAUGAAUCUUCAUAUUAUCAAUGAUUUCUUUUUUCUUUAUAUAUUUUCCCUUCUUUUCACUUGUUCCUCUUUUUGUGUCGAACGAAUAAAAAAUGGAAAAAAGGAAGAUACGAGGAAAGGCAUGUUUCUUUCGUUAAAUUCGGGCUUCAAUAAAAGGGUCAGGUUUUUUUCGACGAGCUUUAAAAGUCCGGUGCCGCUUUCAUUGGGCUCGCUUUCACGAUUAAUUAUCGUACAAUUAUUAUUAUUAUUAUUAUUAUUAUUAUUAUUAUUAUUAUUAUUAUUAUUAUUAUUAUUAUUAUUAUUAUUAUUAUCAUCAUUAUCAUCAUCAUCACCAUCACCAUUAUUAUUAUUAUUAUUACUAUUACUAUUAUUAUUAUUAUUAUUAUUAUUAUUAUUAUUAUUAUUAUUAUUAUUAUUAUUAUCAUUAUUAAUAAUAAUAAUUAUUAUUAUUAUUAUGAUUAUUAUUUUAAUAUUAAUUUAUAAUUUAAGUCUACAUGUAGUGUGUAUAAUGGAUUUAAGGACUUGAUAUAUAUAAUAUAGAAGACUCUCUUGUACAUAGUUUAAAUGAUAAAAGAAAAAGGGAAAAAAAAAGUAAGGAUAAAACAUUGUCGAGGCAUUAGGGAUUUGCGAAUACAUAUUGUGAACGAAUUAUUUUAAUCGACAGCGUCAUAUAAUUAUAAAUCUGAACGUUGCUCGAAUCCCCGUCUGCAUUUAAUUCCGAUUCGAAGUCUCGUAUUUCGCGAAUAAGAAUAAGAAUAAGAAUAGGAAUAAGAAUAAGAAAAAUAAGAAGAAGAAGAAGAAGAAAAAGAAAAAGAAGGAGAAGGAAGUGGAGGAGGAGGAGGAGAAGAAGAAAAAGAAGAAGAAAAAAAAGAAGAAGAAAAAGAAGAAGAAAAAAGAAGAAGAAGAAGAAGAAGAAGGUGAUGAGGAAGAAGUAGAAGAUGAUAACAAAAAAACAAAAAACAAAAAAAAACAGAAAAAAGAAAAGAAAAAGAAAGAAGAGGUGAAGGAGUGAGGGCAGGUGGGGGCCGAGAAAAGCCCCAAUAAUUUUUUUAAUUCGUCGAUUAGACGUAUAUGUCUCGUGAUAAACGAGAUUAAUAGGGAUUCGCAUUAUUAAGAUUAAAUUUUAAAAAAUCGGUAUAUCUGUGGUCUCCAAAGACCACCCGCCUCCCCACACCCCCAAACAUUCGUUUCUGUUUAUAACCUCUUCCCCUUCCCUUCCUCCCCCCCCCCCCGAUUCUUGUAUCAUAGCGUCGCGUCGAUGUUACUCGCAGAUAUUAUAUAUUAUACAUAUUUAAAAACGUGUUUUCUGUUAAAUUUGUUAUAUAUUUCGGAUAAGCCCCGUAAAGACACGUCUUUUUGAAGUUUUUUCAUACGAAAGCUUAUUGAAUUAUUUUUUCCGGUGCAAAGCUGAAGAUGUGUUCUCAUUUUUGAAUGAUAAUAUAAGGAUGAAUAUUAAAUAAAUAAUAAACAGACAACGGGUAUAUUAUUUAUUCACGAAGUCGACCGUCUCUUUUCUUUUCUUUUUUUUCUUUUUUUUUUUUUUUUUUCAUUUUUUUUCUUACGAGAAAAUUUUUUUGAUCGUAACACUCGUCGAUAUAGUUGAAACGAUAAACGACGAACUUUCCUCCUCAUAUCAAGUACGAGAACACGUAGUGAGAUCGUAGAAUAAUGUUGAAGGAGAAAGGUAUGAUUAUAUACAAAACGAAAUGAUCGAAGACCAUAUUUGAAAUUGAUAAUGUCCGUAGGGCGACUACUGGCCUAAAUCGUAGUCACAAAUUAAAAAUGACACAUUAAUCUUUUUUUCACGAAUAAGUUUCUUUGAAAUUAUUCCAAUCUCUUUUAUUAAUUUCUCAAUGAUUGUAUAAUUUUUCGUUUCUUUUUUUUUUUUUUAUCUCCUUAUAUUUAUUUGUACACUCGCGAAAAUAAUAAACUAUUUAUUUACGAAAUCCAAUCUGCAUAUGUAUGUUCUAAUUUACUAUCGUGAGAUCUUUGAUUUAUUUGAAUCAACAAUCGUGAUUGUUUAAACAUUAUAAGUAAAUCAAUUGUUUGGUAAAAAACAAAAAUUGAAUUGCAUUGAUUAUAUCGCGUGUAAUUUGUAAAACCUUUUACGGGUACGUUAUUAAUUAUUUUUCACUCUAUGGUCAUCUAUUUUUACGUGAAGUGGCAGUAUUAUAUUUGGUCCGUAUAUGCGCAUGUCACGUUUAAUACUAGAUUUAGAAUAAUGAGAAUUUGACAUUGAAUUUACUUAUUGGUCUUCGACCACUCGAUCUAGAAUUAAACGUAACAUAUCCAUAAGGAUCAGCAUGUUUGAUAAAAAUGGAAAAAAGAAAAAAUGUGGACGAAAAAAAGCGAGCUCAACAAUUCAGAAAACGUAUUAUCCGAUCGAUUGUGAACAAGAUUUACGGAGGAAAUAUUUAUGAUUUAAUGAAAUGUAAUUUUUAGGAUUUUGCCGUUCUGAAAGGAAAGAUCAAUUUACUACCUAUAUAGUAUGUUAAGUUGCCUUGUAAAAAUGUACCGACUUCACCUAAGAAAUUAAAUGUGUUACUAAAAGAAA